AUUAAAUCCGCUAUAGAAUUUUCUGUGUGUAGUUAAAGAGUGUCUAUUGUCAAGAGUUGACAAACGGGUAGAGCGCAUUCUUAUGAGAAGGCGUGCCACUGAAAAACACACUUUCGAAACAGAGGCCGUAAGUCGAACAGGACUACAAGAAUAAACAGGAACCAUGAGGUGGAGAAAUUUAUAUAUAAUGAUUCUGUGGUUCGCCACUAUAGCAUUAGUUUUGAAGAUUUUAGGAUAUCUUCUGCCAUGGUGGUUUGUGGCUCGUGCAGCAGGAUCAACGACGGACCGAUUCUUCAUUGGAAUUGUGUUUGGUCUAGAUUGUGCAUCUAAAGUCAGUGUAUCGAACUGUACAGAAUACUCCAUGGGAAGUGCUCCUGUUGAAAUUGAGUCAUUAGUGGAGUCUGCCUCAAUGCUGACGUUGCAGAUAGCGAUGUCUGUCAACUUGGGCCUCCUGUUUAUUGCCUGUAUGAUCAUUGUCGGUUCCUCUGUUACCAAGACUUAUAACCAGGGACUGAUGGUCUUGGCUGGCACACUAGUAGCAUUUUCGUGUGUGGCUUACUGCGUGAGUUUGGGAUUUUUCAUCUACAUCCAUAUCAACGACAUCAAGAAAAUUGAAACAUACGAGUACAACGCCACCAACUUCCCAUGGUCGAUGUUGGUUACUUCAGUAGCAGCGCUCUUCCUUUUUGCCACGUUGAUUCUACUGGUCAUUGCUCUUUGUAGAUGGCGCGACGAUGACGAAGAUAGUCUCGUUAGCUAUGACGAGAGAAAGAUUGUCGAUAAUUAUCCAGGUGAAACAAGAUACAUGACAUAUGACAACCCUAACCAAAAACAAUACAUGAUGGAGCGUCCGAUGGUUCAUUCGGGUAACAGCAGAGGUUACAGGUAUGCAGUUGACUCGCCGAGGUCACAAAUGCAAGCAAUUACGUAUCCUGCUGAAACUAUGUAUAGACCGUACUCCGCUUCUAGGAGAUACUAGACCAAUGAUAGUACUGAUUUUGGGUUCCACGUGGGGGUUUCAGUGACCAAUGAUAGUGCUGAUUUGAGGUUUCAGUUCAUAAAACUCCUUAAUUAAUUAUAAAGGAUAUUAACAGUUAACAUUGUUAUCAAGUUUAUUAUGUAUAUAAGUUUAUGGAAGUUCAGAUAACAGAUCGUAACAUUAUGGUGCAGUUUCUCCCGAGAACCGGCAACCAGUCAAGUACUUUUAAAGUCCAUACGAACAACAAAGACCUCGUUAUCUACUUGCAUAAAUAAAAUAAUGUAUAUAUCCUACAUUAAUCCUAGUCGUAAUACUCACCCAUAAGCAUAAUAUAUUUAAAAUUAUAUUUAUCGUUAACCUUCGGUAUGUUUGUACUUCAUGACAUUUCGUAUUAUAGCAACAACAAUCACCAUUUUGCAAUAAACACUUCUAUAUAAA